AGAAGCGUUUUGGCUCUCGGGUGGGUGGUCAAUGCUACACCAGAAGGGCUGACCAAUAUCGCCCAUGAGCAAACCCACUGUUGCUAUUAUUGCUGCGACCGGCCAGACAGGGAAAUGGGCGCUCAAAGGCGCUCUGCAGCGGGAAUACCCAGUAAGGGUGCUGGUGCGCUCCACGGAUAAGCUCAAGAAGGUGCUGCAGGAUCUGCUGCCAGAGAAGACGGAGGAGGCCGUGAGCGAGAUGCUAGAGAAGGACAUCACCGUAGUGGAGUCCCCCGCGCUCGAGCAGACCAAGCUGGUGGAGCUGUUCACCGGCGCCGACGUCGCGAUGAGCUUCUUGGGCAUGGGACCCGACAAGCAGCCGAUCGUGGCGUCGGGGGCGAGGAAGAUCGUGGACGCCCUCAGGAGCAUGGACAGCCCCCCGAAGUACCUUCACAUACGCGACCAUCUCGCUCAACGACGGCGCAAAGCACGGGCAGAAAGCCUGGGGCUGCUGCGUGGUGGGGCUAGCGCUCAAGGUGUUCCUGAAGGCGUGCUUCGACGACCUGCGAGCGGGCGAGGACGUGAUCGUCGCCGCCCAGGACGAACAGCAGUCCGCGGGUUACGCGGGGAAGCGCCUGAGUCUGACAAUGAUCCGAGCGACGAUCCUCGCAGACAAUCAGGGGAGGAAAAGGUACUGAUACUGCUCCCCUUGCCUCGAUUUCGCCUGUUUUGCCCUCACGGGAGGUCCUCGUCGCCACGGCCAGGUUCGGUACCUUUGGCUUCCCCAGACAAGAAAGAUUACCUCAAGGACUUCACAGCGGGCGACAAAAGCUACAAGCUUGUCAAGGUGGGCGGCGAGAAAACGAGCGGGAAGCUCUCCUUCCAGAUCGACCGGCAGCAUGUCGCAGAGGCGUUUUUGGACGUUGCCAGGGACUUCGACUACGACGGCGAGAACGUGAGCGUCUUCGAGAAGUAGCCUCCGCUGCAAAGCGGCAGUGCGCCCGCACAGCGCGCGAUAUAGUGCAGAGGCAGCCUUCCUGUUGCCUUCUGGGCGCAGGCGCACCACUAUGAUCUCGGCGCGCGGCCGACGAGCCUUGUCUGCCACAGCCCCGAAGCGGGGGGCACCUUGCAGUCAGGGCUCGUACACGACCGUUCAUAUUCUCCGACCUUCUGGUUUUCAACACGCAGCCCGUACGUCCAGCCUCGAGGCACACGCCGGAACGGUCUGGACGGCCUACGCCUGCAUCGACAGAGUUGUAGUACACGCCAAUGCGCUUUGCACCCUGCGUUGUGAUGCAAUCUUUCUGCCUAUGCGCUGUUCAGCGCCUGGCUCUGUCACGCAGCCUUGGACGUUCUCGGGGGGCCUCCCUGGAAGUUCUGGGGGGCACCCUGGGCCAGAGAGGCACCCUGGGCCACGCCCGCCUCUGACCGCCCGGGGGGGCCACUGCCUCCGCGCGCCACGACGGGCCCUGAGCUCAAGUCGGGCGUGUCCCUCUACAGGAGGAGCAUCCAGAAAA